AUGAUUGAAAGUUUACAAUUAUUUAAAUCUAUUUGUAAUAAUCGAUUUUUUCGUCAAGCUGGAAUGAUAUUAUUUCUAAAUAAAAAAGAUUUAUUUGCUGAAAAAUUACGUUUUUCAUCUAUUAAAAUAUGUUUUCCUGAGUAUACGGGUCUUAACACAUAUGAACCAUCACUUAAUUAUAUUCAAGAACAAUUUGAAAAAAUGGAUUUACGAGAAAAAGUAAAUGGUCAUCAAAGAGAAUUAUAUACCCAUAUUACAUGUGCAACAGAUACCGAAGCAAUGCAAUUUGUCUUUGAUGCUAUAUCAGAUAUGAUUAUACAAACAAAUCUUAUUCAUGCAGGAAUAUUUUAA